ACUGAACCAAAUAUUCAACAUAGACCAGCUUCAAAGUCUUGACACAAACAACACCACAACACAGUAGUCCGCGUUUCAUAUUUUUAGCAUUUCACAUUUCACUUCCUUUUGAAAACAUGUCCACACACUGUUAACUAACUCUGGCUUUCAAGUUCCAAUUAGCCCACACAAUACUCCACAAAAUUAUAAAUACACAACAAAUAGCUCUGCAUUGAUCAAACUCACUAGCUCUGCAUUGAUCAAACUCCUCCAAAGCCAUGUCAGAUACCGACCAAGAAAGACCUCUAGCCCCAGCCAGGGACAUCAACGAACCGGCCCACAAAAGCAAACGCCAUCAAAGAAGAAUCAAGUUGUGUUUGUGUAUAACUGUAAUCUUUCUUCUACUGGUCAUAGUAAUUUUAAUCUUAGCAUUCACAGUGUUUAAGGUCAAAGAACCCAAAGUAACAACUAAUGGGAUCACAUUAAAAAACCUGGACCUCACACUCGAUCCAACUCCAAUACCUCGAGUUAACCUGAACAUGUCCAUGUUGAUAGACAUGUCCAUCAAGAAUCCAAAUGCAGCAUCCUUCAAACUAGGCAACACCACAACAAUUAUUUACUACCGUGGCGCGACGGUGGCGGAGGCGAGGACACCGCCGGGGCUGGUGAAGGCGCGGCGGACUUCAGGGAUGAAUGUCACGGUGGAUAUCAUGGCUGACCGCCUCGCUUCUAGCCCCGAUUUGGUGGCAGAUGUGAUGGUCAGGGGGAAGAAGAUCAUGGACACUUACUCGGUAAUUUCAGGGAGAGUGAAGAUUUUGUUUGUUAAAAAACAUGUUGAGGUGAGGAUGAAUUGCACAGUGACUGUUGACAUUUCAAGCAGGGCAAUUUAUCAGGACAUGAGUUGCAAACGUAAAGUGAAACUUUAAGUAGGGAUUAAUUGGGACUUUGUUGUUGUUGUUGUUCCUCUUUUUAUUAGGCAGCUGAGUUCUUUUUUAAGAUUUUAUGGAGGAUAUUUAUGGCCAUAGGCCUAUAGUUUAGGGUGUCUGAAAAUAACGAGAAGCCUAGAGAGGUUCCUGAAUGCUUUACUUAAAAAUUUGGAGAGCUUUAAUUGAAAAAAUAAUGUAAAAACAAUAUAGUUUAUUUAAAUUUUAAAUUGAGAAA